CUCUCUCUCUCUCUCUCUCUAUUGCGUGCGCGCGCCCCUAGAUUACAGAGAACAUGAGCUACAUCUUUGAGAUAGCUUGUAGCGGCAUAGGAGACCAUCCCGCACUAUUUCCUCCCUACCUGUAAGAAGCUAAAUGGUCAACCGCCUCUCCUUCCUUCCCUUUCUCUCAUCUACUUUCCCCUCUCCAAAGCUGCCCCCUUUCUCCCUCCUCUGACCCAAUUCUCCCCUAAAGUUCCCUCAUUUCUCUCUCCUUCUCCAUCACUGCUCCAGAUUCCUCUCUGGGUUCUUCAAAAUCGCUGCAUUUCUUUCUAACUGCCUUCUCCACCGCUUCAAUUCAGUGAAGGAGACAACUUUAUCUCCUCCGGAGAUGAAUUACGAACCACCAUCCCGGGAUCAGCUCAACUGGACUCACUCCAUGGACCUCCUGAGCACUAUUUUUCCCCCGCAGGUAACUCCAGCUCCGACUGUCGCCAUUUCCGGCGAGAUCUCCAGCUUCGUGGAUGACCCUCUCAAUUCCAUGCAUAUCAACCAUCUGAUGUCGGUUCCCAACGACCCAGCAUUCAUUGAGAGGGCCGCGAGUUACUCCUCCUUUAGUGCUGAGAACUAUGGAUCAACUGUUGCCCAAUUUGGCCUUCCAGAGGCUGUAAAGCUUUCGAAGGUUUCGAGCAGUAAGUUUCUUAAAGCUAAGGAGAGCCGUGCACAGUCGGAGUUGGGAGAUGGAGAGUUUGGGAGUGGCCCGGAAGAUUCUUCCGUGACUAAUAUUGUUUCAGUAACUGGAACUAGGAAUGUUAAGAAGAGAAAGGCAGCAUACAAGAGCAAAGGAAAGGUGGCAGAGGAGAAUGAUCUGAAUGAAAAGAAAUGCCGGUCAGCUGAGAGUGGUGAAAAAGAGGAGGCUAAGCCCAAGGAAGAUCAGAAUAAAGAUAAGAAGAGUGGGAAGGUUAAUGGUUCAAAGUCCCCUGAGCCACCUACAGACUACAUCCAUGUCAGGGCAAGAAGAGGCCAAGCCACAGAUAGCCAUAGUCUUGCUGAACGGGUUAGACGGGAAAAGAUCAGUCAGAGAAUGAAACUGCUUCAAGAUCUUGUUCCCGGCUGCAACAAGAUAACUGGAAAAGCACUAAUGCUUGAUGAAAUCAUAAACUAUGUACAAUCAUUGCAGCGGCAAGUUGAGUUCCUCUCGAUGAAGCUAGUGACGGUGAAUCCGCGGCUUGAUUUCAACUUGGAUAAUCUCUUCACCAAGGAGUUUCUCACAAAUCAAGCAAAAGCUUCUGCAUCAAAUUCACUUUACCCUAUAGGAAAUUCAGCUGCUGCAUUUCCUUUUGGUCACCAAUCCAAGGAAUCAAACUCUUUUCCUCUUACUGUUUCAAAUUUAAUUGAUGGUAAUUGCUCCUUAAGUCAAUAUGAGUCCAUUCUCUAUCAACCUUCAAGCAUGGAAUCUUCUCUUGAUAUGUUUGUAGGUGCUGCCUCUCAGGUGGGGAAUCUUUUGGAUGAUUUGUACUUUGGGCAAAACCAGCAGACAGAGGAGAUUGGAGGGGCCUCACAGAGCUUCCAUGGACAAUUGUCUGCAACAAACAUGAAGAUAGAGUACUAAUUGUGUUAAAGUCCAUUCAAAUUGCAAGAACUCUUUCUAUAUUGAGAGAUCUGCAUGAAAUAACUAUAAUAUGAUUUAAAUUAACAAUUUAAGUGGUUACAAUAGCUUCCAUCUAAUUUUUUCUUUUUCUUUGGUUACUGAUUGUUGCCUGGUAUUUGUUCAGUAACCAUUGUAUGAGCUUGGUUGGUUACUGCAAACUGGCAUGUGUGGUGAAUUUAUAUGGCUUUACACCACAUGAAAAUAUGUAAUUUGGUGAGAGUUUAGGGUGGGAGAGGAAAUGAGAGAGUUUAGUGGGGGAAAUUGGACUCCAUUGCAGCCACUUUGUUGUAUUAAAGUUAAUUAUCACUAUCAAUUUAUUAAGUAUUUUCUACUUGUU